AUGAAAAAGUUUAGCCUAUCAGAUGGCUCGAAAAAUCUCAAAACAAUUAACCUAUUUAGUUCUUAUUUUUUCUACUCACCAACUCAAUUUGUUUAUGAGCAUUUGGAGAAGCGUAUUGUUGAGUGCCACGAAAAUCCGUAUGAGGACGGGCGAUUCGAAAAGUGUAGACGAUUUGAGGAGGCUUAUGCACACUGUCAUUGUUGCUGCUUCGGGGACCACUCAGACGGGGUUUUGCGUUUGGCUGGAAAAAUUUGUUAA